AUGGCGCCCGGUGGUCGACCUCGAGUUGACUGUUCUUGGUUUCGACCAAGUCUCUUUGCCUCCUUUAUCAUCAUCCUACUCGUGAUGACGAGCAGUGCUUACUUCGCCUACCCAUGCAGAUGGCUGGCGGGCCGUGGGGAGUGGGCCUUUGCCCUUGUCACCGGCCCCCUCUUCCUUCUGACCCUCUGGAGCCUGGUUCGAUUGAACACCUCGGACCCAGGCAUUUUACAUCGAGGCUCCUUGGAGCAGGACCCGGAAGUAGGACACACGGCCUGGAUGCAUAGCCAUGCAUACCAGAUGCCGUGGUGUCACCAGUGCAAUUUCCAUCGCCCACCUCGCACCCUCCACUGCAAGACUUGCAACAUCUGCGUGGAGGAGUUUGACCAUCACUCGAGGUGGGUCAACAACUGCAUUGGGCAUCGGAACUUCCGGCUGUUCCUGCUCCUCCUGGUGUCCCUGUGCCUAUACCUGGUUGCUCUGAUAGUGACCUGCGUCAUCUUCGUGGUGCGCACCACUGACAUGUCACUGUCCUUGGACAAAAUCUUGACCAUCAUCGUGGCUGUAUUGGCCACUGGCGCCCUGCUGCCUGUCAUCUUCGAGCUACUGGUCCAGGCUGUAGCCGUGAGCACCGCCAGGCGCCUCUACGAGGUCCAGGACAACAACCCAUUCGACCAGGGUUGUAUGAGAAACUGGCAUGUCACCCUCUGCGCACCACUGGGGCCCAAGUACAUGUCAGAAGUUGUGUUGCUCCAGCAAGACUCGGGAUCCAAGUGGGAGACGAUGGCGGCCCUGCAGCCACCAACAUUCUCCCCAGAACACCAUCGCCCACACCUCCCUGGGCCCAACUCUCAACCUGUGUCUUUUGACACAUCUUAUGAAGGAGCACCAGGGAGUGCAGUCAUCUAG